CACAACUGUUCCAGCAGCCACGAAACCGACACCGAAUCAAACAACUUUAGAACGCGCGCAAUUUGACUCAACGAUAGCUUGGAUGGUGUCGGAUCGAGGAUUUUUAUUUCAAAAGAAGCUGAGGAAUAACUAGAAAAUAGUGAAGUUUUUAGGAACACGUUUGGAAAAUCAAACAAAAUCAGUGAAAUUGUGAAGAAAAAAUCAACUGAAGUGAAUUUAAAAAAAGGACUAAAAGUGCAAAAAUAAAGACUGUUAAAGUUCAAUCAAAAUAAAAGUCAGUGACUUUAAGGAAGAGGACUACAAAAUUCCAAGAAUGCCUUCCAACUGGUGCCCACUUUUGGCGGUAAGUUUGCUGCUGGCCCUCGGUCCCAUGGCCACGUGGGCCCGCCCGGACCGGUCUGGCCUACUCGCGGCCGCCGACCUCAAAGAGGACAUCCCCGUCGAGGAGCUGUACAACGAGCUGGUCGAGGAGGAGCAAAAGCUGCACGACAAAGAGGUCAACUACCUGCAGGUUCUGGGCGCGGUGGCCGCCCGCCAGCUGCGCGACGAAGAACUGCUGCAGCAGCAGGAACGCCGCCAGGACCGCCAGAGGGCACAGCUGGCCCAGUUGGCCGCCGCAGCCGUGAACGGAGGAGAUCAACAGCAAGCGUCGCUGUUGGACGAACUGCCGCCGGUCGAGAGUGCGGCCAGCCGGUUGGCCCGGGAACAGCAGGUGCUGCCCAAGGCCCAGGUGCCCUACCAGAAGGCCAAGGACGAGAAGAAGAACAAUCACUACAUGGCGCUGUGCCACUUCAAGUUGUGCAACAUGGGACGUAAACGCAACACCCGUUUCUUGCACUUCUGGAACUAAAUCUGUAACAAUAACAAACUAACAACUCUAAACGCUGUCAAGAUCAAACAACUACGCAACUGGAAAAAAACAACACUACAACAAACCCCACGGUCAUGGUCAUGGCCAACUGCGUUCGCUGCUGAAAAGUUUGCCAACAGAACAAUAGCGGCCCUGCAACGUGACCUGGCUGUCAGUCGAGAGAAUGAAAACAAGAAACAGAGGGAGAAGCAAACUGUAUUAGUAAACUGAACCAAAUUCGCACAACACAAACACACACAAUUCACAACACAUACCAAGGAUUGAAAAAAAAAUCAAAAAUACAUCGCUAUUUAUUAAACACAAAAAAAUCGACAAAGCUCGCGAGGAAAAUGGGAAAUUUAAUACAUUCACACCCCAACAACAUGCAACAUACGCCCACAUAAGAAUUGGUUCUCAGAAUGAGGAGGACGAGGAUCGAAGCAAGAAGGAAAAUUUCGCAGGAAACAAUGACGCAAAAGCUUAAAAGUCGUCUCUCUGUUUUCAACUGUAUUAGCAAAUGUCCUACUUUAGUUCAAUGAACGCAAAGUAUUGAGUUUACUUUUAACGAUUAAUGAUUGUUUGAUUUAGGUAAAAUUUAAACACCCCGCCUUCAUCUUAGCAUAAUCUCAUCGAACCGAUUGUUUCCUUUUCUUAGUAAUACAACUUAAGUUAGGCCACCCAAAACCGAGGGAUCGGGGGUGCGACUUGUAUUAUUAGCGUUUAGUUGAUUUCAAGCAUCGCCACAGAACCAAAAUUUUGACAAACCCAAAAAGUUGCACACAGACACAUGCUCAAGCUAGAAAACAAAAAAAAAACUUGGAAAUUCGUUACUUAACAAAGAAAUUAACAAAAAAAAACAUAUAAACUAUACAUGUAUUGUUGCUAUCUCAUUGCUGAUAAGAAUUUCUUUGCAUAAGUAGGAAGACUACAAUUGCAACUUUUAAGAAAGAAAAAACAACUGAAAUUUAAUAAAAACUAAUUUUUAAACACACAAAAGAGCUAUUGUAUAUGUGUAAAUACAUCCCCAUGUAGUUUUAGAGAAAAACAAACACAACUUAUUGUUACUAUCAUUAUUCAUUAUUAUCAUUACACAAAUUUGAAUGAUGCUGCAAAAAAUAAGCACGAAAACACACACAGAAAAUAAUACAAGUCAGUUGAGACGUUGGCGAAAAAACCGUCGCCAACCUGCUGUUGUUAGCGUGUAAGAAGCCCACAAUUUGGUAAGACAAAUUAUUUAUUUGAAUAUUCUGUGAAUAAAAAAUAAUCAAAACUACA